AUGUUGACUGAGCAACAAAAAAUACCAACUGACCAACUCUUCUAUUUGUUUCUACCUCUCAAGAUUGCAGCUAAUCUGCUCCUCUUCAUGGAGGAGGAAGCCGCCUUCUGGAUGAUGUGCUCCAUAAUUGAGGACAUCUUACCGCCCUCCUACUUCUCUGCGGACAGUCUGAUAGGUGUGCAAGCCGAUCAGCGCGUACUCGGCGAACUUAUCUCCGUCUUCAUGCCCCGUCUCAAGGCAGUUAUUCAGGAGCACGAAGUCGGUAGGCCAAAUCGUUUUGCUCUCCGUUUUUGCUUAUUGCUGGACAAGAAGAAGUGUGGUAUCAUGUGUUACGUCGAAUACACCAGAUAUCUGAAUAUAUGGCGCCGUUCGCUUGGAGAGUUCGCUUAAAGAACUCAUUCACCAAUUAUCUAUACUUAUUUUGCCAUUCCUCUAUGCAUACAGUAGCCCAGCCUGUAAAAUCCCUAUUACCACCUUUCCCC